CUAACUAGUAAACUCAGCUUUAUUAAGCUAUAAUUCUUUGCUUUAACCCAAUGACUUUUAAAGCAUCAGUUUAAAUAAGUAUGAAUGACCCUUUGUAUAACUUUGACGCGCCAACUCAUAAAUCCUCUUUACAUGCCGAAGUGGACGACGUUUGGUUUUUUCGCCAAAACUAUUCCCCACAAGAAAGUGAUUUAAAGGAAAAUAUUAAAAUUAAUGGAGAGAAUAGUUUACUCUCCUUCUUUAAAACGGGAGACAAUAGAAAAGUUGAAAGUUUAUCUGAUGUUGAAAACGAGAGAAAAUCUUUUGAUUCUUUGAUGAGAGCAUUUAAAAGUUUGAAAACUCCUAAAAAACAUAUAACGAUUGAAGCAGAAAAGAUCAAACUCUCAAGUCGUGCAACUAUUAAUAAAACUGACCAAGGAACUGCUUUAACGCCUAAUUCAAAUUCUCAAAAUAUGUCUGUGAGUAGUGAUAACUCGAGAGCAGAGAUAACUUCUAAAAAUUUAGUUAAAAGCGGCUCCUCUAUAAGAAAUUUGAAAAAAACCGGUAUAUCUGCUCAAGCGCUCUCUACCGAACGGGCGAUUUUUAAGGCGAAAGCAGUGGACAAAAAAAUUUUGACCAACCCUACGGGGGACAUCGGGGUCCCUCGGAUCCACCCAAAGAAGAUAACAGUUCCAAAACCUUUUAACUUUCAUACGACUGUUUAUAAGAAGCGGUCUCCAAGAGAACAAGUAACACAACCGAAGGAGGCACGUUUAGAGAAUACUAAGAAACUGUUAGCAAAGAAAAAGCUUUCGGUAACUGCUUCCCGUGCUCCAAAUUCGCUAACGAGUCGAAUUACCUUCAAAGUCAAAACAACUGCGGAUAGCAAAGCGCCUCAACUCGCAACGAAAAGUCAGCAGAAAGAUCCUCUUUACCUGAAAAGAUCUCCACUGUCUCAUUUUGUGGUCUCUCAAAGUAAAAACUUGUACCAGUUGACCGUUCCAGUUACGCCUCAACUACGCACGGCCGCACGCGUAAGGCAGUCUAAACAGCCUAACGCUGAAUUCACUUCCGAACAUUCUCCGGUGCGCCUUGUCGCAAUAAAAAAGUUGCUAAAAAUCCGAUCAAUAAAGCUGAAAAAAUCUUCCAUUCCAUUGACUGUGCCAGUAGCUCCUUCCUUUACUUAUAAACCGCGAAUUUGCAAAAAAAAACCUUAAAGGAUAUCCAAAGGGUGAAUUAAAUACCAAUGAAGGUGAACAGUAAAUUUCUGAGAGAAUAUAAUAC